CUUCGGUCAUUCUGAUGUCAGGGUUAGGGUUAGAACCAUAGACCAGAAAAGGUUGAUCGAGCAGAGCUUGCCACCACCUCUCAUCUCUCUCUUUCUUUCCCCCUCUCUCAUUCUUUCCACCACCUCCCAAUCUUCUUCACCCAUCGCGCUCAUUUCCCAACCGAACAGAACAGAGCAGGGAAGCAGACCUCUGGUUCAUCAAACCAUCGCAAGAACCAGUUCACAUCGAACGAAGCAACCGCAAGCCUCCUUUUGAGGCUCCAGGACGGUAGCUUGGUUAGAGCAAUACCGAUAGCAAUUGUGUAUUCUUGUGAAGGAAGGAAAUGGAGAAGGCAUACAAAGAGAAGGAACCAGAAGAUUCACUUUUGUCAUCUGCGAGUAUUUAUGAGAUACCUGGAGAACCUGCUGUUGUUAUCAAUGGGGUACCAAAUGUAACUCAGAGCGAAAACACUGUCCCCAAUUCUGAUAGUUCACAUGAUGUAGAACCAAAACGAGACAUUGGUUUCGGUGAAUGGUUGGAAGGUAGGGAAGUUCGAAAGCUGUUUGGUGAGCAGUUCUAUUAUGGGUCAGUGACGAGGUUUGACAGGGAAACGGGUUGGUACAGGGUGGUAUACAAUGAUGGUGAUUUUGAAGAUCUUGAGUGGCAUGAAUUAAAGGAAGUAAUUCAGCCUCUUGACAUUACAGUCCCAUUGAAAACACUGGCUUUGAGGAUUGCCAAGAAAUCUGAGAAAUCCAUAUGUAAGUCUGAAAACAAUGCAAUUGGAUUUGGAUCAACAACGCGCAGGGUCAAGAAUGUUGUUGGAUGGGAAGGGAAACCAAUGCAGGGGCCUCAAAUCAAUGAGCUUCAGUAAUAGUAACCGACUUCAGAAAAAGGAUGCAUAGAAGAUAUAUGAAAAUAUGCUACAAUGGGCCUAUAAAUUCAAAGAGUUCUGGGGAAAUACAUGCAAUACUGCUAACAAAUCAGUAAUGUGUUUUGUGAUUACUUUUCUUUCUUAUUUUUCCCCUUUCUUUCUAAGCAGUGAAUAUCUCUUUUUGAUCAUGUGAAUAGGGAAAAGAACAAAGAUGCUCAUAUUUUUGCUCAUUUUGCAUGUAAAAGCCAGAUAGUAGCCAGUUACAAUGA